AUGCCUUCAGAUUCAGAACUUUCAUCAUUAUCAUCGGCACCUCCGACAGAUGACGAAGCUACCAUGGCGAUUGAUCAUCCGACUGGUAUCGCGAAGUACUUUAAGAAGGAGUCUGAGACGCCGCCACCAAAACGGGAACCAUCACCUCCGCAUGAAUACGUCGUGGCAGACAACCCCGAUAUCGCGUUCAUCGUUGCUUUCCGCGCGCGUUUUCAUGAAGUGUUUCCUAAAGGAGUUCCGCACUAUGGCCCACAGGAUAUCGAGAAAGGAAUUGAAGAAUCUCCUCCUGGAGAAUAUAUUGAAAGACUUCUAUGCGCAUUACUUGGGCUUGUUCUGAACCGCAAGAAGGAAGUUGAACGAAAUCACUUUACGCGUCCCCUCGAAGAAGCAAUUCAUACACAUCAGUCGCAGUGGCCAAAAGAAUGGGAGGGCAAAAACCCCCUUCAUGGGGGUCGCAGCUUUGCGACCAUGUCCCCAGUGGAACGUGUACGCUUAUUGAAGUCCUUGAUACUGUGGUCACUAUCGUCAUCCGAGGCGGUCCAGGCGAAAAUCAAGGAAUCCUACAAGCAGGCGCGCCACGAUGAUGACCUUAAUCAACCAUUGUCUGUCCAACCAUGGGGUCGGGAUAGCUUGAAACGUCGGUAUUGGCUUAUCGAAGGGCAUGAUGAUACACACUUCCGUCUCUACCGCGAAAGUAACCCGGCCCUGAAACACAACACUUGGUGGAGCAUCGCAGGGAGUAUUCCCGAGCUGGAGGCUGUCGUGGAGAAACUUGAGGGCGAAAAGGGCACGAACUCCAAGAAGCUCAGCGAGAGAAUUCGCGCUUCUAUUCCUCGAUUUGAGGCAUCCGAAGAGAAACGGAAACGCCGGGAAUAUCGUCUCGCAAGAAAAGCUACCUUCACUCGUCCGGAUCCUGGGUUCUCUAUGUAUGAAGGUCGUACACGCGGCAAGAAACUGAAGUACACGUACUCGGAAGACGAAGACUUCUUGUCUGAUGAUGGGCCUUCCGCCCGUCGCUCCACAAGAAACGCAGCUCCUACAGAAUCUUACACGGAGUCUAGGCGCCCUCGAUUCACGGCAAGUGGGAGGCAGAUUCGAUCUCGCGCCGGGGGCCUAUAUGGUGAGGCUUUGCUGACUGGUCAACGCGAUGGAGUUGAUGAAGAGUUCGAUGAAGACGAAGAAGAAGAAGAAGUAAGCAGGCCGCAGAGAGCUCGAACUUCGACCCACCCCAACGGAUACUCUGGAUACGACCCCGAUGAUUUGGAGGAUGCUUCUGAAGUACAUUCAAGCGCGAAUGAAAGCGGCAACGAAUGGAACGGCGUUGAAGACGAUUUGGAGCACGAUUUUGAAGGCGACGAUGAAGAGAAUGAAGCAAGUUCAGACGAGUCAACCGGCAAUGAGGAGCCAGAAAGCCUUGUCGUGCAACUUCGAUAUGGCAAGGGAGAUGCAUCUAGCAAUCCGGAAGUCCAGGUUGACAAACCUCCUGCGGAAGAUGUCGAAAUGAAGGAUACUGUAGAAGCUGCACUGACUUCCUCCGCCCAAGCCCCGACGACACUCACCGAUCAAUUAAACUCGGGUGCGCAGCAGGCCCCGACCAUGAUUGCACCUUCAGACCGUUCUGCUCCGAUACCCCAAGUUCCGACCCAUUCUCCAGCGGUCGUGGCUGCGCCAUUUAUUUCUAACGGCAUCAAUCAAAAUUGA